AUGCUACCCAGACUCCUCGAAAGGAAAAACCUCCCGUCGAACCUCAGACCCUCCAACAGGUCACGUAAGACUUACUCAUUUUGCACCCACUUCCCCACUGGACCCCGAGUCACAGCGACUAGACCAAGCCACGAAACACACAAAAUGCCUUACAGACCCCCCAACAUGGCCAUGCAUGACUUUCCUGGCCCACCGCGAAGACAAGAACACCAAGGGCAUCCCCAAAGCCCAAUAUACCUGCACCUCCAAAGACCCGGGAAACGGGUACUGGCACAAAUCCCCAAGGCACUGUCUAAACACCCCCGUGGUGAGAUAAGCACUAUGGAAGACCCUAGUAAACCAGGGGCAACAGCCUUUACUCCGAACUUAUGGAACGGUCUGGAAGGACCCUACACCAAACACGGGACUGCAAUAAGAAACGAAAAGCAAAGGGAAAGAUAAUGAACAUCAUAACUGUCUAGAUAUUGAAACCUUGAUAAUGGGAGAUGGGGCGGGCGAUCUGGGGUCCUCGCGGCCCCCCCCAGCCCCCUUCACAAGGCUGGGGGGCGGGCGGGCCGCGACAGGCCCAGACACGGGCUGA